AUGAAAUCAAUGUUCAACGAGUUAAAAGUUGAAAUUUUGCUGUUGAAAGUUGAUGCAGAACUCAGUAAGGAGAAUCACAAGAAUAAUGCUGAAAAAUGCGUGGAGGAAUGCAUGGAAUUACGCGAUAGAAUAAAACAACGUGUAGAUGAAUUGACCAGUAAUAUUAGAGACGGAAUAGCCAUUAGACAUGCCAAAAACGACUUGGAGGAAGUAACUGGAAGCGACGAUUCCGACGAUGAUGCCCCAUUACCCAUAGAAAUAAAACAGACACGGCGGGAACUCAGGCAGCUGUUGAAUCAAGCCAAACACAAUUCGGAACAAUCAGAAAAGACACAGAAGAAACUGCAUGAUGAGCUGGAACGAGUGGAACAUGACCUAAAUCACUCAGAAAAGACAAGAAUGCAGUUCGAACGAGAGUUACUGAAAGUGAAACAGGACAUAGAGAAAUCAGAAUGGACACAGAAGGAACUGCGUGAUGAGCUGGAACGUGUGAAACAAGACCUAUAUCUCUCAGAAAAGACAAGAAUGCAGUUCGAACGAGAGUUACUGAAAGUGAAACAGGACAUAGAGAAAUCAGAAUGGACACAGAAGAACAUGCGUGAUGAGCUGGAACAAGUGAAACAUGACCUACAUCAUUCAGAAAAGAUACGAAAGGGAUUCGAACAAGAGUUACUGAAAGCGAAACAGCUAGUCGAAAUAUAUGAAAAGGGCCAGGCAGAGGUCGAAUUGGCUUCAGGGCCCGCAUACAAAUGGCACCACUUCCGACGGGGACCACAGGCUUUAAACGAGAACCUCCAAAAUAUGACAGGAAUCAAUACGAGGUGUUAA